CGCCGGCGACGCGCCGGGCCCGGUCCUCUGCGCUCGCCAGUGUCCCGCGGCGGCGGCCCGGCCUUCGUGACGAGCGGGGCGGCGGGUCCGGGGGCCGGGCUUGGACGCAGCCGCGGGGCUGCGUGGGUCGGCCCCGCAGCCUGCCGCCGCCCGAAGGCUGCCGCGUAGCCCCGGAACCGCGCCCGCCGGCCAAGAUGAUGUGCGAGGUGAUGCCGACCAUUAGUGAAGCAGAAGGCCCCCCAGGAGGAGGUGGGAGCCAUGGGUCAGGCUCCCCUUCACAGCCAGACGCUGAUUCACAUUUUGAGCAGCUCAUGGUAUCCAUGCUGGAAGAACGAGACCGCCUUCUGGACACACUGAGAGAGACGCAAGAAACACUGGCGUUAACACAGGGGAAAUUGCACGAGGUUGGUCAUGAAAGAGAUUCCUUGCAGAGGCAGCUCAACACUGCACUUCCACAGGAGUUUGCUGCGCUCACGAAGGAACUCAACGUGUGUAGGGAGCAGCUUCUGGAGAGGGAGGAGGAAAUCGCUGAACUGAAGGCAGAGAGGAACAACACCAGGCUGUUGCUGGAGCACCUAGAGUGCCUUGUGUCCAGGCACGAGCGCUCUCUGCGGAUGACAGUGGUGAAGAGGCAGGCACAGUCGCCUGCAGGCGUGUCCAGCGAGGUGGAGGUGCUGAAAGCACUGAAGUCACUGUUUGAGCAUCACAAAGCUUUGGAUGAGAAGGUACGAGAGCGACUACGAGUAGCUCUGGAGAGGUGCAGCUUGUUAGAGGAGGAACUGGGCGCCACCCACAAAGAGCUAAUGAUUCUUAAAGAACAGAAUAAUCAGAAGAAAACACUAACAGAUGGAAUGGUUGAUGGAAACCAUGAACAGGAAAACACACCAAGCACCAAUGGCAAGAGAUCUUCCGACGGCUCCUUGAGCCACGAGGAUCUUGCCAAAGUGCUGGAGCUGCAGGAAGUCAUAGACAGGCAGGCAAGAGAGCAGAGCCAGAUGAAGGAGCGCCUGGCCUCCCUGUCUAGUCAUGCAGCAGAGCUGGAAGAGGAUCUGGACACAGCUAGAAAAGACCUUAUCAAGUCUGAAGAGAUGAAUACGAAACUGCAGCGAGAUGUCCGUGAAGCAAUGGCCCAAAAGGAGGACAUGGAGGAGAGAAUCACCACCCUUGAGAAACGCUACCUCGCAGCACAGCGUGAAGCCACGUCUGUGCAUGACCUCAAUGACAAACUUGAAAAUGAAAUUGCAAAUAAAGACUCCAUGCACCGACAGACAGAGGACAAGAACCGCCAAUUGCAAGAGCGUUUGGAGUUGGCAGAGCAGAAGCUGCAGCAGACCCUGCGCAAAGCUGAGACGCUGCCGGAGGUGGAGGCUGAACUGGCCCAGAGGGUGGCUGCACUCUCCAAGGCUGAGGAGAGACAUGGCAACAUUGAAGAGAGGCUGCGGCAGAUGGAGGCACAGCUGGAGGAGAAGAAUCAGGAACUGCAGCGGGCAAGGCAGAGAGAAAAGAUGAACGAGGAACAUAAUAAACGCUUGUCUGACACUGUGGACAAGCUGCUCUCGGAGUCCAAUGAGAGGCUGCAGCUGCAUCUGAAGGAGAGAAUGGCGGCGCUGGAGGACAAGAAUUCUCUACUACGGGAAGUUGAAAAUGCAAAGAAGCAACUGGAAGAGACACAACAUGAUAAGGACCAACUUGUUCUGAAUAUUGAAGCCCUGAGGGCCGAGCUGGACCAGAUGAGACUGAGAGGCCCUUCACUUCAUCACGGCCGACCCCAUUUGGGCAGCGUCCCGGACUUCAGGUUCCCUGUGGCAGACGGGCAUGUGGAUGCUUACAGCACCAGUGCAGUGUUGCGGCGACCCCAGAAGGGCCGGCUGGCAGCGCUGCGGGACGAGCCCUCCAAGGUGCAGACCCUCAAUGAACAGGAUUGGGAACGGGCCCAACAAGCCAGCGUCUUGGCAAAUGUGGCACAGGCAUUUGAGAGUGAUGUGGAUGUAUCUGAUGGUGAAGAUGACAGAGAUACUCUGCUCAGCUCAGUUGAUCUGCUGUCACCCAGUGGGCAGGCUGAUGCACAGACAUUGGCCAUAAUGCUUCAGGAGCAACUGGAUGCCAUCAACAAAGAGAUCAGGCUGAUACAAGAAGAGAAGGAGAAUACGGAGCAGCGGGCAGAGGAGAUUGAGAGCAGAGUGGGCAGUGGAAGCUUGGACAAUCUUGGUCGUUUUAGAUCAAUGAGCUCCAUCCCCCCCUACCCUGCUUCCUCGCUUGCUGGCUCUUCUCCUCCAGGCAGUGGUCGGUCCACACCAAGAAGGGUCCCUCACAGUCCUGCCCGGGAGGUGGACAGGCUGGGUGUCAUGACUCUGCCUAGUGACUUAAGGAAACACCGGAGACAGUUGCCAGCUUCCAGAGAAGAGGUACGAGACGACAAGACGACGAUAAAAUGUGAAACCUCUCCCCCCUCCUCCCCGAGGCCCCUGCGCUUAGACAGGCUGCACAAGGGCGCACUGCACACGGUCAGCCAUGAGGACAUCAGGGACCUGAGGAACUCCACAGGCUCCCAAGAUGGUCCAGUGAGCAACCCUAGCAGCAGUAAUAGUAGUCAGGACUCCCUCCACAAAGCCCCAAAGAAGAAGGGCAUCAAGUCCUCCAUUGGCCGCUUGUUUGGCAAGAAGGAAAAGGGCCGGCCUGGGCCACUGGGGAAGGAGUCACCAGGACAAGCUGGUGUUUCAGAGACAGAAAAUUCAUCUCAAGAUGCCUUGGGACUCAGCAAACUGGGAGGACAAGCUGAGAAAAACCGUAAACUUCAGAAAAAGCACGAGCUGCUGGAAGAGGCCCGCAGGCAGGGUUUGCCUUUCGCACAGUGGGAUGGGCCCACGGUGGUGGUAUGGCUGGAGCUCUGGGUUGGGAUGCCUGCCUGGUAUGUGGCUGCUUGCCGAGCAAAUGUCAAGAGUGGUGCCAUCAUGUCAGCCCUGUCAGACACCGAGAUCCAGCGGGAGAUAGGCAUCAGCAACCCUCUGCACAGGCUGAAGCUGCGGCUGGCCAUCCAGGAGAUUAUGUCACUAACCAGCCCUUCUGCCCCACCCACAUCCAGGACGACCACGGGAAAUGUCUGGUUGACACAUGAAGAGAUGGAAACACUCACAGCCACGCCGCAAACGGAAGACGAGGAGGGAAGCUGGGCUCAGACGCUAGCAUAUGGGGACAUGAACCACGAGUGGAUUGGCAACGAGUGGCUACCCAGCCUAGGCCUGCCGCAGUACCGCAGCUACUUCAUGGAGUGCCUUGUAGAUGCCCGGAUGCUGGACCACCUGACCAAGAAAGACCUGCGAGGGCAGCUGAAGAUGGUUGACAGCUUCCACAGAAACAGUUUCCAGUGUGGAAUUAUGUGCCUGAGAAGGCUGAAUUAUGACCGAAAAGAACUGGAAAGAAAAAGAGAAGAGAGUCAGAAUGAGACAAGAGAUGUUCUUGUUUGGAGCAAUGACCGGGUGAUUCGCUGGAUCCUGUCGAUUGGCCUUAAAGAGUAUGCCAACAAUCUGAUCGAGAGCGGUGUUCACGGAGCACUUCUAGCCCUGGAUGAGACUUUCGAUUUCGGUGCCCUGGCACUUUUGUUACAGAUUCCAACGCAGAAUACACAGGCUCGAGCUGUCUUGGAAAGAGAGUUCAACAACCUUUUGGUCACAGGGACUGAUCGGAGGUUUGAUGAGGACGAUGACAAAAGCUUCAGGAGAGCACCUUCAUGGAGGAAGAAGUUCCGACCGAAGGACAUCCGUGGCCUGGCCUCUGGCUCUGCAGAGACAUUGCCUGCCAACUUCCGGGUCACCUCCUCUAUGUCAUCUCCCUCUAUGCAGCCAAAGAAGGUUCAAAUGGACGGUAGUGUGUCCGGAGCACAGAGGCUGGACUCUGCCACAGUCAGGACUUACUCCUGCUAGAGCCUCCUGCUGUUUACCCGCACUACUUCUACAGAUGACGACACCGUGGCAGAGACAGGCAGAGCUUGGUGGAGCCCCAUCUGGCAGCACUUGCUGUAUGGACCCAAGAUAUUUUAUUACAGAGUUUUUAAACUUGUGGGGAAAAAAAAAUCACAAAUACCAUAGAGAAAAUAUUUUAGAAUUGACUGUUUCUUAUAUUUAUGUAAACUUACACUUCCUCAUUUAUAUAGUUAUGUACUCUUUCAUGUAUAUCCAGGCUAUAAAUAUCCUUUUGAGUCAGUUCAUGUUCUUAUACCUAAUUUUAGUCUUUUAAAUGAAUGUACUGUAAUGCUUGUGUGUAAAUCUGAGCAAAUAUAGGGCUUUUGUAAAUUAUGCAUUUACUGUAAUUAUUCCUGUUUAAUUUUUUAAUGAUGAAUCCGACAGAGGAAAGGAUUUUGCUACAUUUAUAAAGUCAUCAUGAUACAAGCCAUGUGCAUUCUCCUCUACCCAGCUCUGCAACAAUCAUUCUGAAACAAGCAGACUUUAUUUCCAGACUUUUUUCUGUCGUAUUUUAAUGACUGACCUUAAUUGUACUUUUUCUACAAGAAAUCUCAGCUUCCAUUAGGCUUGGGACGAAUGGUCAGGACUCUGUGAACAGCCCUUAACCCUGGCCACAUCCCUGGCCCUGCUCUGGACAUGGGUCGAUUGUCUUCAGAGACUGAGCAGGGCCUUGAGCUAGGAGCAGCACUCUACAGGGGCAGGGUGUCUCAUCACCUGCGAACUGAGCAACCUAGAGAACCUUGCAGCUGCCUCCCUCCACUCUCUUCAAGGACCAAUCACCAUGGGCAGGUGCUCAUUUCCUGACUGGGGCAGAGCAGGUGAAAGCAAGAAACCUCAGCGGAGCAGGCAGCCUGCAACUCCAAUAAAGGCCUUAUUCUUCUUGUGUAAACUGUCUUUUUACAUUUAUUUGUAAAUGUCUUAAGAAUGGACCUAGUUGUACACUCAUAACUGUCUUGGCAACCUCCUCACUGACUCUGGUGAGUUAAGCCACAGGGCUCAGGCAGACGCGCGUAUUUAUUGUGUAGCUGAUGUGGGAGAGGCUUUUAUAUUUGCUUUCUGCUUUUAAUUCAUCUGGACAAUUGGUUGUUCUGUUUUCCUGUUAAUCGUUUGUGACCCUCUCAAUUAUAUAACAAAGUCUGUG